UUUGGAGUGGUAUAAUAACGCGCGGGAUCAGCCACCCUUGUGCUCACCAGAGCUCAAGACAACUCAAAGUUCCUCGCGCCUCCAGCGUGUGAACAUCGGGGCUCUGGUACCUCAACCCUCCAGUCAACCCUCGAACACGUAAAAUAUAAAUUUUAAACGCAACACUUCAAUGGGAAUCCAAGUGCGACUGGUCCUGUGGGGGUGGGCAAUUGGAAUGGAUAAAAAAUGAAUUGAUUAUUCUCGCGGGGGUAAAUCAAUUGGUGAACGUUCUGUGGAACCUGGAGCCUGGCACCUGGAACCUGGAGUUGGAAGAAGAACAGAGACUGGAAAAUGUAUGGAAUGCUUCUGGAAAGCGUCCAGCACUUCGUGCAGCUGGAGUACGGCGAAAGGAUAUGGCUGGACAUUCUCCAAGAAGUGGGUGCCAAGAACACAGUAUUCACCACUCGGCAAACAUAUCCAGAUAGUUUAAUGCCGAAUUUAGCAAAGGCACUGGCGAAAAAAAUUGGAGACUCGGAGAAUAAUAUGAUGGGAUUCUUUGGAAAGUGUUUUGUCAGAUUCUUCAGUAAUCUCGGGUACGACCGUAUGAUCAAAGCCACUGGUCGUUAUUUCUGUGAAUUCCUGCAGAGUGUCGACAACAUCCACAUGCAAAUGAGAUUCACCUACCCAAAAAUGAAGAGCCCUUCCAUGUACAUAACCCACGUGGAUCCUCAUGGGGUUGUCCUCGUUUAUACGAGCACCAGGAAGGGAUUCACCCAGUAUUUCAUGAGUCAGCUUUUCCAAAUAGCCAAAGAUCUCUACGAAACUAGUCUUGACAUUCGUGUAUUAGAAACGACGGACGAUAAUCCUGGAGCGAGGAGUGUCAUGGUGAAAUUCAGGAUAGACUUCGAUAAUCGCGAUUACAUCGCCAAAGUGAAUCGAAUAAAAACAUCAGUGGGUCCGGAGUUAUCACCAUUUUGCUGUACCCUGCUCCUCCGGCUGUUUCCUUUUGGGGUCGUGAUGAACCCGGAUAUGAAGUUGUUGGGCGCGGGUGAGAAGUUGGUGCAGGCCUGGGGUGGAUCGUGUUCAAUAUUAAAUAGGCAAAUGACUGAGGUCUUCAAGCUUCACAGACCCAAGGGGAUAUCAUUCACCUGGGCUAACGUGCGUUUCCUGCACUCCGUGAUGUUCGAAUUGGAAUUGAUCCGAUUCAACGAAAAUCAUUCAAAAAAACCGGAAACGGACGCUGAAAUUCUCCCCGUAAAAUUGGACAGAGGCAGUUACGUAUCCAGGAGUAUUUUGUUGAAGGGUCAAAUGAGAUAUCUCGAGGAUAUAAAAGCGAUAAUCUUCCUCUGCAGCCCUUUAAUAAAUAGCCUCGACGAGUUGGGAGAUAUGGGAAUCUAUCUCAACGAUCUGAACCCCCACGGAUUGAGCCGGGAGAUGGUGCUCACCGGCUGGCAGCAUUGCGGCAGGCUGGAGAUGAUGUUUGAACGGGAGGAGCAGAGAUCGGAGGAGCUUGAGAAUAGUUAUGCACUCUUGGAUCGUUGGAAAAACAGAAGUGAAGAACUGCUGUACACGAUGAUACCACAAACUGUGGCAGAUCGAUUGAGAGCUGGUGUGAGUCCUCUCAGCACGUGUGAGUCCUUCGAGUCUAUCACAGUUUUAUUCUGCGAGCUGUGCGACUUCGAUUCGUCAACUAUUGAAGAAGCAAUGGACAUUGUCUCAUCGAUGAACGCUGUCUUCACGUUCUUUGAUAGUCUCAUGGACGAGUUCAAAGUUUACAAGGUCGAGACUGUUGGACGUGUAUACAUGGCUGCCAGUGGAGCACCUGAUCGUACUAAGAAUCAUGCCAGGAAUAUUGCUGACGUCUCGCUGCAGCUCAUCACACGGGUGCGCUCCCUUCAAUUACCUUCUGGCGUCGCUAUACAAAUUCGGAUAGGGAUACACUCCGGACCUGCUGUCGCUGGGAUUGUUGGCCUCAAAUUACCCCGAUAUUGUUUCUUCGGGGACACUGUCAAUACGGCAUCCAGAAUGCAGACAACUAGUUUACCAGGGAAAAUCCACAUAUCUCCGGCGACUAAAGCCCUUUUAUCACCCGAACUUUAUCGCACAGAAUCACGUGGGAUUGUCUCGGUCAAGGGUAAAGGCAAGAUGGAGACAUAUUGGCUCUACGAGAGCACAGCAGUACCAUCGAUAACUGGACCGAAAGCCAUUCCAUCGAUUCAACUCCCAGAGAUUAUGGCUGUGGUACCAGCUGUUAUGGUGUGUGCUGGGGUUAUCUGGUGGGCCAGUCUCGUACAAGUUUGGGCCCUACCGAGUUUGGGACGUUAUGGAAAAGUUGGGUCCACGGGGUCCAGUGGCUCAGGAUCAUUCAACGCGACUAGCAGGCAGUCUAUUGAUGAGGAUAGCACCAUUGAUGAGGACAGUGAUAGUGAGGGCAAUCCAGCUCCUAUUGCUUAUCCCAAAAGUCCCGAGUUUUGCAGUGAUUGUGUUUGCGGAGGGGGUAGGAGGCAGAGAAUAGUCGGAGGGGAUGUCACAAGUUCCCAAGAAUUUCCCUACAUUGUUGGACUGACCAAAGCUGGUGAAUUCCACUGUGGAGGAAGUUUAAUUACAAGGCGUCACGUCCUUACCGCAGCUCACUGCUUAGUCAAAUUCGACAGUCGAGAGUUCACGUUGUACCUGGGUAUCACUGAUAUCACGAGCAGAGGCCCGUACGUUGUCAGACGAAGAAUCAAGAGUUGGAGUGUACCAGACGAUUACAACGGCUUCACUCUGAAUAAUGACGUCGCUGUUAUCGAGUUGGACAGGCCAGUGGCAUUAGAUGGACGUGUAAAAACGGCUUGUCUCCCAGAAAACCGGGCUAUCGAUUACACGGGCUCUCUGGCCACGACAAUCGGUUGGGGGCGAACCCUUCAAGACGGAGAGACCAGCCAGUACCUCCGAAAAGUUCAGGUGCCUGUCCUCUCCGACGAGGAAUGCGCCGAGUCAAGUUACCCAGAGUCUCGUCUCACUGAGAACAUGUUCUGCGCUGGCUAUCUCGAGGGAGAACGAGAUUCUUGUGGAGGCGACUCUGGAGGUCCUCUGUUGGCACAGGCACCUGGGGGACAUCUCGAAAUAAUCGGACUUACGUCCUUCGGACAUGGUUGCGCCCAGCCGAGGUAUCCUGGUGUCUAUACAAAAUUGACGAACUACCUGGGAUGGCUGAGAGAUCAAUUGGAAGACGAGUGCAUCUGUCCAUCCCCUGGUCAACUAUAAUUCCUACCCCUAGAUCCACACCCCCAGCUCUUAAAAUUUCGAUAUUCAUGACAAUCUAGUCUCAUUUAACUCAUAAGUUUAGAAUAACGGGAGAAGGAAUGGAGAUACUGUGAUUAUGUGUU